AUGCUUGUCUUCUUCUCUUUAUGUCCUCUUCUUCAAAGGAAAAUCCCACAAGCCAACACAGACUUGUCUUUCUCGUAUCAGCUGAAAAUGGACAAAAUGGUCAAGAUUAGUAGUCCAACCAUCCUAUUCUCCUUCUUGUUCUUAUCAGCUUUGUCUUUCAAUGUUUCAUUAGCUAAGGAAAGUCCUCUAACAGCAAGAGCUUCAUUGGUUCGGUAUUGGAACAAACACAUUUCCAACUAUCUUCCAAAACCACAUUUUCUUCUCUCAAAAGCUUCACCACUCUCCAUUGUUGACUCAGCUUAUUUCACAAAACUUGCAGCUCAGAAGGCUCUUUCUUCUCACCUCUCUUCCUUCUGUUCCUCAGCAAACCUGUUUUGUCUCUUCGAUGAAAAAGACGCCCUAACCAACUCAAAGAAAGAUGCCGACUUUGCCUUUUACACCAACAAGCACUUUGCUAACUAUGGAUCCUCUCGUCUUGGAGGGAUUGACAUGUUCAAAAAUUACUCAAAUGGAGUCAAUUUCGCCACCGGCUCAUUCGAGCGGUAUAGCCGAAGCUCAAAUGAUCUCCAUGAAGACUUCACAAGCUAUGCAGAUGAUGGAAAUGUUGCAAAUGCAAACUUCACAUCUUAUGGCUCGGGUGCCAGAGGUGGCUCGGGAGAUUUCAAGAAUUAUCUUCCUCGCGUCAAUGUACCGGAUCUUCGUUUCACUUCUUAUGAUUCUGAUGGUAACAAUCACAAACUCUCGUUUUCUAGCUAUGUGGAUGAUACAAAUUCUGGCAGUCAAGCUUUCACUAACUAUGCUAAGAAUGGAAAUGGUGUCCCUCUUGAUUUUACUAGCUAUGGUGAUACUUCUAACGUUAUUGGAUCUGCAUUUAGUGGAUAUGGUGAGUUGGGGAAUGCAGCAAAUGAUUCUUUCAAGGCUUAUGGUAGGAAUGCUAACAAUCCUAGUAACAAUUUCAAGAAUUAUGGAUCUGGUGGAAAUAGUGGAAUUGAUAGUUUUGUGGGCUAUAGAGAUUCAGCCAAUGCGGGCACGGAUACAUUCCAAUCUUACGGGAGAAGUUCAAAUUCGGAGACGGCCAAUUUUGUGAAUUAUGGGAAGUCAUUCAAUGAAGGAAUUGAUACCUUUAAAGAAUAUGGCAAAGCUGCUAAAGGUCAAUCAAUAGGGUUCAAGAUUUAUGGUGUGAAUAAUACCUUUAAAGAUUAUGCCAAAAAUGGUGUCACAUUUGCUCUCUAUACCAAGCCAAGCUCUAGCAAAGGGGACGACACCUCAAAGAUCAAUAGCAAAUCUGUGAAUAAGUGGGUAGAAGAGGGCAAAUUCUUUAGGGAGUACAUGUUGAAAGAUGGAACCAUUAUCAAAAUGCCUGAUAUUCGUGACAAGAUGCCUAAGCGGUCAUUUUUGCCCCGGCUUAUUUCAUCUAAAUUACCAUUUUCAACCAAUGAGUUAUCGGCGAUUAAACGAAUUUUCCAUGCAUUGGAUAAUUCGACUCUCGAGCGCGUCAUAGUCAAAGCUUUGGAGGAAUGCGAACGAGCCGCCAGCCGAGGUGAGAGCAAGCGGUGCGUUGGCUCGGUCGAGGACAUGAUUGACUUCGCCGUGUCAGUUUUAGGCCGCAAUGUGGUGGUGAGGACAACGGAAAAUGUGCGUGGAUCAAACCACCAUGUCAUGAUCGGAAAAGUGCAAGGAGUCAACGGUGGAAGAGUGACAAAAUCAGUUUCUUGCCAUCAGAGCUUGUACCCUUACUUACUUUAUUAUUGCCAUUCUGUUCCAAAGGUAAAGGUCUAUCUGGCAGACAUUCUUGACGUUGUCAGCAAGACAAAAAUCAAUCAUGGUGUUGCCAUUUGUCACAUUGACACGUCUGCUUGGAGCCCAAAUCAUGGGGCAUUUGUUGCACUGGGUUCUGGUCCUGGGCUAAUUGAGGUUUGCCAUUGGAUCUUUGAGAACGAUAUGACUUGGACCAUCGCUGAUUGAUUACCAACUUGCAGGAUUUCAUUCUAUAGUUACUUCUAGGGACACAAUCUCCUAAUAAUUAAUGAAGUUUUGUUUGAUCAUAUGGUUUUACCACUAUUUGUUUGUUUUAUUGGGAUUUGUCUCCUUCAUGUAUUAACUUAUGCUAGU